CUCUCCGGUCUUGGCGCCAAAUCAAGCGUCUCUAGCUAAAAAAGAAAAUAUCAAGACGUCUGAGUUCGAAACCCAGGACGACCGCAAGAAUCGCUAGGUCGGCCGGAUCGCAGAUGUGCCGGGAUCUUCUUAGGUAUUACUACUAGCAAUCGACGUUCAAUGAUGAAUGUCUUUGCUAGGUCUCCAGAUUCGAAUGUUUGAGAGAGCCGCCAACAAGCGAGCCUGUGAUUGGGAGACUGACGGGGUAAGCGGCAUCAAAAAAACGUGCAUAAUCGUGCUCGUGCCAUCACCAGCGCCUGCAGAUCUCGAUACUCACACGGAGUUAAUCAUGCAAAACGCGCCUUCUCUCUCACUCUCACACGACAAUCCUAGUCCCCUGGUCCACUUUCCCAUGUCACACGCAUCCGAAUCUCCCAUGCAGGCAGGCUUGGUUUUCUUCUUCCUUUUCUUCUUCCUCUCCUCAUCAUCAACAUCCCAUCUCGUUUCCCACAGAUAUCCUUUGCGUCGAACAGGCUUCGCUGCUCUAUCAGAGGGCGCUGCUAUUACGACUAUUCGGAAAUAGUCUGUGCGGUAUCUCUAUCGUCGGAUCUUUUUAUCGCUGUCGGACUUUAUUGUGCUAGCCUUCUCUGUUGUUUACCCAGCCUUUUGUCGGAGCUUGACGACACA